AACGGGGGAAACCCUGGGCCACCGAAGCGGAGCACGUGAGGUUGACUACUCAGCCAUGGGGCCGGCCCUGAAAAGAAAAUUUUUUUUAAUCUGAGGAGGUUAAUUGUUCACAGCGAGUCGGCCUGUUUCUUUCUGUCACAGCCGUUUGACUGCUUACCUCCAGGAUGUUAUACGUCACUUGUUAUGGAAUUGGCAUUUCCUACCUUUCAGUUCAGGACCCCUUUGCGAUGGUGACUGCAUCAGAUGAAAAAUCAGAUUGUCAGCAAGAACACUGUUUAAGACGGUAUUGCAAUCACAAAACCUCCGGUUUGCUCGACGGUAUAGCCCAAUUUUGUCAUGGACCAUGCUGCUUUGUCUCUGCAUGCACUGUCUAUGUGUAGAGAGACCUUCUGGUGUACUGGAAAGAAUUGGAAAAGCUGUUUGCUCUGCUAAUUUUGUGGUAUAAAUGAGUUCCCCUUCUUUUGAAACAUUAGCCUUGUGUUAGCAAAACAUAAAAUGGAAGGAAACUCAUUACACACUCUUCUAAUGAUGCUUUCUUCCAAUGGGCUUUUGGUGUAAGAUGUUGGAGAACCAAGAGCAGGAGGAGGUGAUCACUGUGCGAGUUCAGGACCCCCGUGUGCAGAAUGAGGGCUCUUGGAAUUCUUAUGUGGAUUAUAAGAUAUUCCUCCAUACCAACAGCAAGGCCUUUACUGCCAAGACGUCCUGUGUGCGUCGCCGCUACCGUGAGUUCGUGUGGCUGAGAAAGCAGUUACAGAGAAACGCGGGUUUAGUGCCUGUACCUGAACUUCCUGGGAAGUCAACCUUCUUUGGCAACUCAGAUGAGUUCAUUGAGAAGCGAAGACAAGGGCUGCAGCACUUCCUUGAAAAGGUCCUGCAGAGUGUGGUCCUCCUGUCAGACAGCCAGUUACACCUCUUCCUGCAAAGCCAGCUCUCAGUGCCUGAGAUAGAAGCCUGUGUCCAGGGCCGAAGCCCCAUGACCGUUUCUGAUGCCAUUCUUCGCUAUGCUAUGUCAAACUGUGGCUGGGUCCAGGAAGAGAGGCAGGGGUCUGCUCACCUGGCUAAGGGAGACCAGCCUAAGAGUUGCUGCUUUCUUCCAAGAUCAGGCAGGAGGAGCUCUCCUUCGCCACCUCCUGGGGAAGAAAAGGACCAUUUUGAGGUGUGGGCUCCUGUUGUUGACUCUGAGGCUCCUUGCUUGGAAAGCCCCCCUCUCGCACCCUCCUCCUCACCAUCAUGCUGUGGUCUUGCAAGACCUGAUGAGGGAAUCUCUGCUCCUCAGCCUGUGAGGAGGGCCGUGGGAGGGGACCAUGCUGUGCCUUUGGACCCUGGUCAGUUAGAAACAGUUUUGGAAAAGUGAGCUCUGGGUUCUGCUCCGAGGUGGCCAGAGAAGAUGCAGGCACGGAGACUUGCUCGGGUGGGAUCGGGCACAGGACAGGUGUCGGAGGCUGGGCCGCUUAGUGUCUUACAGUUGCCUCUGCUCAGGUUGGUUGCACAGAGGUCGGUCACGACAACUCCUCAAGCUUCCUCCAUAGGAAUAAACACUGUGCAGAUGUUUGUAAGUUAAGCAUAAGGCCCAGGGGCUGUUGGUUUUGAAUAGAACCUCAUAUUUACUUUCCCUGGACCUGAGUUUCUUUAGAUGUUUCUUAAUGGGCCCAGGAGCACUGCCUGAGGUGACUGGUUUUGGGGACCUGUAAGUGGCAGAUUUUAAGCUGCUGUAUCGAAUGUUGUUGCAACAGAAAUGCUUGUGCAGCUGUAGUUCCUCUGGCUCUGAUUCUGCUGCAGCCCCUGGAGCGCUCUGUUUCUGGGAGGCUGGCCUCUUGCCCGCCUCCUUGCAUGGCCGGGCUGGUGAACGUUUCUUCUCCCACCUCCUUGUUUCUCCUCCACUCAUGCCACUGAAUGGAAUGGUGCUGUGACUCCUGUCGCUGGGCUUUCCUGUGUAUCCCGAGACCUCAGCCUGGCUGUGUGGGGCCUGAGACCCAUGAAAUAGCUCAUGGCCAUCCAUGAAAGAGAAGGGGUUGGUCAUGGCCAGAGGAAAGGCAACAGCUCAGGGGCUUUGUUUUGGAAAAAGACUGUCCUGGGCCAUCAUUCUCUCUUCUAGUUAUAAAGCAGAGACGUGACUGUCUUUUUGGCUGGGUUAGUGUGGGCUCCUUUCUUUUUUGAAUCCUUUUCUUCUCCCUUAGUAAGAGCUCCCUGCCCCCAGGGCUUCAGCCCCUAGAGUGGCCCUCUGCUGCCUUGCAGGGAGGCGGUAUGUUCAGUCCAUUGGGGUGCAAGGGCUAUGUUUCUGCCUGGAGAGAGGGCUCUGGGGAUGGAGAUGAGGACAGCACGACUUCCUUCAGACAAUGAGGCAUUCUGCCCUCCUGCUGCCGUAACUCCUCUCCACUGAGAGCCAGAGCUGGUAGGAGACGAGUGCCACUGGCAUUCUGCGUUGCUCGGCACUUAGGUUUGUGUGUGUGGUUCUUCUCCUUCUCGCCCACUCCCCCCUCCUCUGGCCAUCCCACCCCGUCUGUGGGCUCUUCUACUACCAGCCUAUGCUGUGGGACUGUGAUGGCAUUUAGUUCAGAGUUGAGGGGCUUUGGCCUGAAAUAAAAUUCAAGUAUUUAA